GCCACCCCAUCUCAUGUCUCGCAGAUAACCUUUUACAUUAUACCACUCGGAACGGAGCCAAGGCUCGAUAUCUAUGUCUCAAUGUAGACCCAUCUUCUACACUCAGGAGUACCUUCACUCUGUGAUCACUCAACUUGGUCCACGAGCAAGCCUAAAAUCUAUAUCAAAAUGCCUUUGGUAAUGGUCAAGGAAGACCGUCGAAGGUCAUUUGGAAUUGGGGGAGCCGGCAAUAUCCGAACAAGAGAAGAAGCUAUCGUACCCGACCCAAUACCAGGUGAUGACAAUCUCAAACGCCGCAGGAGCAGUCUUAUGAGCUUAGGUUCAACCUCGGGCGAAAGCGGAGAGUCCAAAUCAUCCAAGCUCUCUGGACGCCUAAGACGCAUGUUCAGUUCCCGUACGGAAUCGAUACCUGAAGGCACCAAGUAAAAGAACACCAGUGGUAGGUUAUAUCGAUUGUUUCCACUCACUUAGUUUCACUGUUUGAAAUAGCCCAUCUAACAGAGGAAAAAUAUGAAUCCUUUCCAGUAUACCAAGCUACUCAUCGAUUACAUAAAGCAGAUGUUUACAUAACGUAUCGAAAAUAGGGAUUUUGUUUAUCGGUA